AUGGAAGAGAGAAAGAGAAAGAUGGAUGAGUUGGCAGCAAAGAAAAGAAGUGCUGCACCAGCUGUCGCAUCAAAAUCUGCAACUUCGUCAUCGUCGUCUGGAAAAUCAAAGCCAACGACGAUGACCAAACCAAAGCCAGCGGCUAGUGGAAGAGUGGCAUCUGAAUCAUUGUCAUCAAAGAAGGCUAGACAGGAGGAGGCCGACGAGGACCAGAGUGGCAACGACAGCUACGACGAGGGCGACGGAUUCAUCGUCAAGGACAGCGAGGAGGAGGUGGUCAGCGACGACAGUGACGAGGACUACGAGCCAUCAGAAGAGAGCAGUGAAGAUGAGAGGAGGAAGAAGAAGAAGUCAAAGAGCAGUCAUUCAUCAUCGGCAUCGUCAAAGAGCAGCAGCAGCAAGGGCAAGGAAGUGGCUGCCAAACAAUCAAAGAAAUCAAGGAGAGGAGGCGAUGACAGCGACGAAUCAGAGGACGAAGACGAGGCUGGCAAGCUCGAAUACCCAUUCAAGGAUAUGCCCACAACAAGGACACGUCCCAAGCCAAACAUGCUACAGUACAAGGCACCACCAGUGGAUCUUGACAAUGAAGACGACGAAAGCUACGAGGAAGAGGAGUCCGAUGAGGACUACCAGAGUGAUGAUGAGUAG